AGAUUGUAUAUAUUUUCCUCCUGUUACAAUUUGUUAUCAAUCAUUGUUGGUGUCUAUCAUAUCUAAGGACAAAUAAGGAAUAGACUUUCAAUGUCUUGAUGAUAACAUCCAUUAGCAUACAUAACUAAUUCUUAUACACACAUAUGUAUAUAUGUAUACAAUCCGAGUGAACGAUUAGUACCCAAUUGAAUUAAAGAAGAAAAACAUGAAGAAAAAAAAAAGAAAUCUUAAACGAUGUUCAGAAAGUUGAAAAUUCGAUAUUUAAUUAUCUGAAUAGAUCUACAUUCAAGUCACCUAUGUCGAACCAUAUUUUGAUACAUCUGAAUUGCAACAUCGCCCAACACAUUUCGAUCGUAAUUACAAUCUGAAACGUUUUAUGUAUGCAUCUCCAUUCACAAUGGAUACAAAUCGUGCUCAUGGUUCAUUACAUGAACAAUACAAACGUAAAACGAUUUUAACUGUCGAACGUGCAUUUCCUUACGUCAAAACUCGCAUCG